UGAUACUGCUGUUCAAACCGCCGACAUUGAACGAUGCCAGCUUGAUCGAUCCUUCGGGUGCUUUUGGAAAUGUCAUGUCCUCAGGAAGCGUUACGUUUCUAGGAAGCGUGGGAUCAAAAGGUUCCCAAGUUUUCUUCUUUUUUGCAGGCUUGACGGGUGCAUUAGAAUUCUUUCUCUUUGGUGGCAUUGUGGUUAUGGCAACGGUAGGAAGACGGAGAAAGUGUGGUUGUGAUGGCUUUCGCACUAGGCGUGUCAAACUCCAAUAAAGUAGCGGAGUCCUAGUGUACAUCCUUUUUUAUAUUUUUUUGCCAGCAGAAAGAGAGAGGGAAUUUACCUUUCCACUCUUUUGGCUUCCCUUAAAUAUGGCAUCUCGUUCGAAUCAGCACCGACCUACUGUACAAGCAAGACGUUAUCGAGCUGGUCAAGUGCCAGAAAAUUACGUCGAUGACCUUUCAGACAGUGAAGAAGAGGAGGAACAACAACAACAGCUAGAACAAGAAAAGAAACGACAGCAAGAAUUACAACGUGAAUCCAAACGAAAGCACCAACAACAGCAACAACAAUUACAGUUUGCACAAAAAGAAGUUGUUACUGGUCUCGAACAAGUUGAAAUUUCAGAAAAAGAUGCAGCAUCCGAUCGACGUUUACGACGAUUACGGCAAGCACAGCAACAGGAAUCGGUAGCAGUAGAACGAGACGAUUCGGGUCGACGAAGGAGACGCUUUGUCCAAGAAGAAGAAACAGAAACACAGAAAGAAGAGGAAGAAGAGGUCGAGGAAGAAGAAAGAGCGAGAGAACGAUUACGCAUGAAGCAAAAGGCUUUACAGUUACAACAGCAACGAGAAGAGGAAGAGGAGGAGGAAGAAGAAGAAGAGGAAGAAGAGAGCUCAAGCGAGUAUGAAACAGAUAGUGAAGAAAGCGAAGACGAAAUCCAAAAAAUGCCCAAACCUAUGUUUAUACCAAAAGCACAUCGAGAAACAGUACUUCAGCAGGAACAGCGACAACGAGAAGAAGAAGAACGUGAACAAAAAUACCAAGAAGAACUCGAAAAACGAAAAUUACAGUCGCACAAUAUGCUUGCAGACGAAUUAAAGCGCGAAAAGGAAGCAGCGUUGGAAAAGGACUUGUCUACUCAAGAUGAUACUGUGGAUGAUACGGAUUAUGGAGAUCAGGCCGAAUUCGAUGCCUGGAAAGUCCGUGAACUCAAGCGUAUCAAACGAGACCGAGAGAAGCGCAUUGCUCGCGAACGUGAGCAGGAGGAGAUUGAGCGUAGAAGAGAACUGCCAGAAGAUGUACGGUUACAGAUGGACAUGGAGGAGGCCGAGAAGACACGACAGAAGGAUCGUGGACAGCAUACAUACCUGCAAAAAUAUUAUCAUAAGGGUGCUUUCUAUCAGGAUGAGGGAAGUGAUGUCUUGAAACGCGAUUAUUCUGCACCUACAAUAGAUGAAGUACGAAACAAAGAAAUAUUACCCAAGGUUAUGCAAGUCAAGAAUUUUGGUUUGGCAGGUCGUACCAAAUGGACCCAUUUGACAGCCGAAGACACGUCUUCACGAGAUGAUCCUUGGAACAAUCCAGGUGCAUCAAAACGACGGAAACGAAACCAUGAGUAAACUCGGAAUAGUAGUAGCUCUUUUUUUUUUUGAAGAAAAAAAAAAGAAUAAAUAGUGUUGAGUGUGCGUGGGCUCGUGUAGCUCUGUUGAACACCAGUAGUUGUCGAUUUGGGUGUGGCUGCCCAUGUCAUCUGUUGCGCACGCGGGUUCGUUUACUAACAUUCAUAGGAAUACAUGAUUCAUCUACAUAUUCUAGAACAGCAUUUACCAUUAAAAGCGUUAUCCAUCUAUGCUAUACUAUUCUUUCAAGUGAAAAAAAGAGCUGUAACAUACAUCCAAAGAAACACUUUGUAAAUCAUACAUUACAGUAUACAC